CGGCGGCGGCGCGUGAGCGGCAGCGCGGAGAAGGAAAAGAACAUUGUGACGGAAACUUCGGUCGUCAGAGACCCCGCAGCAGCGAGGACACUAAGCACCCCGUCGCGGGGCGUGAGUGGCGCUGACCUGAAGCGCCGCGACCCACCGGACAGAGAAGAGGACCCAUCUACCAUUCCGUAUUUUCCUGGGUCUCUCUACCCAGCGCUGACGUGACGUGCUGACGGCGGGCCCAUGCCGGGGAGCUGGGCCGCUUUUUGUCAGUUUCGAGCUCGGCCCCUCCUCCCUCCCUCCGCCCGUCCCACCAGCCGGAGUCCGGCCCAGUGCUCCAGAAAAAGGCCGGCUUGUAGCACCCGCCAACGUUGCCGACUGUCUGCACGCCGGUCCGCUGAAGAACUGUAAAGAAGAUAGAAUUGUAUGUUGCACCGUACAGAAGCAGCAGAUGCUCAAGAACAGCCACAUGGAUGUGCAAGAUUAAAAUUAAAUUAGACUCAAGGGUAUAAUUAAGACAGGUUUAGGAGCUGUGACUAAUGAGAAUUAAAGGCCAUGGAUGAAGAUGAAUUUGAAUUGCAGCAACAGGAGCCAAACUCAUUUUUUGAUGGAAUAGGAGCUGAUGCUACACACAUGGAUGGUGAUCAAAUUGUUGUGGCAGUACAAGAAGCUGUUUUUGUUUCUAAUGUUGUGCAUUCAGACAUUACUACACAUAACUUUGUUCCUGAUGACCCAGGCUCAGUUGUAAUACAGGAUGUUAUUGAAGAUGUUGUGAUAGAGGAUGUUCAGUGCUCAGAUGUCUUAGAAGAAGCAGAUAUAAUUGAAAAUGUCAUCAUUCCUGAGCCAAUGCUGGACUCAGUUGUAACCGAAGAAGUUUCUUUAGCACAUCGCACAGUCUCAGGUGAUGUUUUAGCUGCUGACAUUACUUCAGCUUCAGUGUCUAUGCCAGAACAUAUCUUGACAAGUGACUCUAUGCAUAUGUCUGAAGUUGGACAAGUUGAACAUGUGGUUCAUGAUAGUGUAGUAGAAGCAGAAAUCAUCACUGAUCCUCUGACUACUGAUGUAGUUUCAGAAGAAGUACUGGUAGCAGAUUGUGCCUCUGAAGCAGUCAUAGAUGCCAAUGGGAUCCAUGUGGACCAGCAAGACAAUGACAGAGGCAACUGUGAAGACUACCUUAUGAUUUCAUUAGAUGAUGCUGGCAAAAUAGAACAUGAUAGUUCCUCUGGAGUGACAGUGGAUGCACAGUUGGAAAUUGAUCCCUGUAAAGUGGACAGCACUUGCCCUGAAGUCAUCAAGGUGUACAUUUUUAAAGCUGACCAUGGAGAGGAUGACUUAGGUGGAACUGUAGACAUUGUGGAGAGUGAGCCUGAGAAUGAUCCUGAAGUUGGACUACAUGAUCAGAACAGCAGUAUUCGUGUUCCCAGGGAAAAGAUGGUUUAUAUGACUGUCAAUGACUCUCAGCAAGAAGAUGAAGAUUUGAAUGUUGCUGAAAUCACUGAUGAAGUUUACAUGGAAGUAAUCGUAGGAGAGGAAGAUGCUGUUGCAGCAGCAGCAGCUGCUGCUGUGCAUGAACAACAAGUGGAUGACAGUGAAAUGAAAACCUUCAUGCCAAUAGCAUGGGCAGCCGCUUAUGGUAAUAAUUCUGAUGGAAUUGAAAACCGGAAUGGCACUGCAAGUGCCCUCUUGCACAUAGAUGAGUCUGCUGGCCUCGGCAGACUGGCUAAACAAAAACCAAAGAAAAGGAGAAGAACUGAUUCCAGGCAGUACCAAACAGCAAUAAUUAUUGGCCCUGAUGGACAUCCUUUGACUGUUUAUCCUUGCAUGAUUUGUGGGAAGAAGUUUAAGUCGAGAGGUUUUUUGAAAAGGCACAUGAAAAACCAUCCUGAACACCUUACCAAGAAAUACCGCUGUACUGACUGUGAUUAUACUACCAACAAGAAGAUGAGCUUACACAACCACCUGGAGAGCCACAAGCUGACCAGCAAGGCAGAGAAGGCCAUCGAAUGUGAUGAGUGUGGGAAGCAUUUCUCUCACACUGGGGCUUUGUUUACUCACAAAGUGGUGCAUAAGGAAAAAGGAGCCAACAAAAUGCACAAGUGUAAAUUCUGUGAAUACCAGACAGCUGAACAAGGGUUACUGAAUCGCCACCUUUUGGCAGUCCACAGCAAAAACUUUCCUCAUAUUUGUGUGGAGUGCGGUAAAGGUUUUCGUCACCCAUCAGAGCUCAGAAAGCAUAUGCGAAUCCAUACUGGGGAGAAGCCAUACCAAUGUCAGUACUGCGAAUAUAGGUCUGCAGACUCUUCUAACUUAAAAACACAUGUAAAAACUAAGCAUAGUAAGGAUGUGCCAUUCAAGUGUGACGUUUGUCUUCUGACUUUCUCAGAUACCAAAGAAAUGCAGCAACAUGCUCUUAUCCACCAAGAAAGCAAAACACACCAGUGUUUGCAUUGUGACCACAAGAGUUCAAACUCAAGUGAUUUGAAGCGACACAUAAUUUCAGUUCACACAAAGGACUACCCCCAUAAGUGUGACAUGUGUGAUAAAGGCUUUCACAGACCUUCAGAACUCAAGAAACAUGUGGCUGCCCACAAGGGUAAAAAAAUGCACCAGUGUAGACACUGUGACUUUAAGAUUGCAGAUCCAUUUGUUCUGAGUCGCCAUAUUCUCUCAGUUCACACAAAGGAUCUUCCAUUUAGGUGUAAAAGAUGUGGAAAGGGAUUUAGACAACAGAAUGAGCUUAAGAAGCAUAUGAAGACACACAGUGGCAGGAAAGUGUAUCAAUGUGAGUACUGUGAGUAUAGCACUACAGAUGCCUCAGGCUUCAAAAGGCACGUUAUUUCCAUUCAUACGAAAGACUAUCCCCACCGGUGUGACUACUGCAAGAAAGGGUUCCGAAGACCUUCAGAAAAGAACCAGCACAUAAUGCGACAUCAUAAAGAAGUUAGCUUGCCCUAGCAAUACGUCUACAGACUUUUCUAAAAAUUUUGGCCUUGAAGCAAGGAAAUUCAUUUUACAGCAAAUCUGUCUUGUUCACAUACAGUAUUGUACAUUGAAUUAUGCUGUAUACAAAUAGGAUUAUACUUCUAGUUGAUUUUUCUUUACAUUCAAUGCAGUGUUCUGGAUCCUGUUCAGUUUGUUUAAUAAAUGAGAAGUGGCAACAAUCAAGUUGCUUUUGGUAAAGUAAUCCCUGAUUCUAUACUGAAUUUUCAGUCUUAGAAGCUUUACUAUAUAUUUAUUUACUUUAUUCACCUUGAUGGUACUCUCUAAGGCAGAAUAACUUAAGAUUGGUAAUUCUAAAAGUAAUAAUUUUGAUACAUUUUUUCUGACACAAAAUUUUUACGGUAUAUGCUAAUAUAAAUGGGAGAUUUUACUGUGAGGUCUAAUAUCAUAAUAUGAAAGUCAUUUUCAGAUUACAUGACAGUGAAACUUGUGUGUGAGCCUCUAGAAUUGCUGAAUAUAGAACAUUGACUAACUGUGAUUUUCCUUUUUUGUAGCAGACAAAAUAUGCUUGCUUUGUUUUCUUUGUAGUAUUACAUCUUUUG